AUGGCUCCAGGGUCAUGGUUCUCUCCUCUUGCCAUUGCCAUGAUCAUUCUGGGACUGCAGUGGCCACAACAAGCUGCCACCUUCCCGGCCAUACCCCUUUCCAGCCUGUUUACCAACGCUGUGCUGAGGGCUCAGCACCUUCACCUCCUGGCUGCCGAGACAUACAAGGAGUUUGAACGCACCUACAUUCCAGAGGACCAAAGACACACAAACAAGAAUUCCCAGGUAGCAUUUUGUUACUCGGAAACCAUCCCUGCUCCCAUGAAGAAGGAUGAUGCCCAACAGAAAUCAGACAUUGAGCUUCUUCAGUUUUCCCUGAUUCUCAUCCAAUCCUGGCUGACCCCGAUGCAGUACUUAAGCAAGAUGUUCACAAACAAUCUGGUUUUUGGCACCUCAGACAGAGUAUAUGAAAAACUAAAGGACCUGGAAGAAGGGAUUCAAGCUCUGAUGAGGGAGCUGCAGGACCGAAGCCCACAAGGUCCCCAGAUCCUCAAAGCCACUUAUGAGAAAUUUGACAUCCACCUGCGCAGUGAGGACGCACUACUGCAGAACUACGGCUUGCUCUCCUGCUUCAAGAAGGACCUGCACAAGGUGGAGACCUACCUGAAGGUGAUGAAGUGCCGGCGCUAUGGAGAGGGGAACUGCACCAUUUGACACCAGGGACAGCUCUGUUCCCACUCCAGCCUCUUGCCAACCAUGGCUGCACUACUCCUCUGAAAGAAAGCUGAAGAAUAAACUUGCUACUGCCAA